UCAUCAAGAUAUCAAAAUAUAAACUUUGUAAAACCACACUCAAGAACAAGAAAUGCCAACAAAAUUUCUUGCUUCAUUAAACCAACACAAACUUUAAGUCAAAAUCUGGAAACCAAUUUGUGUUCAUGACACUGACUCAAGGCUCACAAACUGUUCUUUUCAUAAAACUGCAUUAAUUCCUCACAUUCCCAAUCCAACAUCAAUAUAUGAAAUUGAUGUUAAGUUCCAGUGGAUUUGUGGAAUUUGGAUGUGUGUAAAUCAAGAUUCUUUCUGUACUUUUCAUAUAUAUACAUAUAUGCAUGUAUGUAUGUGUGUGUAUUGUAUAUGUAAUGCUGUAAAUUAAAGCCCUGCCUCACCAAUGGCUCCAGGUUCUUCCAUGGCUACGACAAAAUUUACAAUUGUGCUGAUAAUCCUGCUUGCAGCUGAAUCCGACGCCCAAAAAGGACUGCUUUGCAUUAGCGACUGUCAGACAUGCCCCGUUAUCUGCUCUCCACCGCCGGCCGGCGACCACCAGCCGCCGCAGUCACCAUUAGUCUCUCCACCGACUCCUCAACUGCCUCCACCGACAUCGCGUGUUCCUCCACCAGCUCCGCCGCCGUCUGACGAUUCAGAGGCUCGUCCUCCUCCACCACCACCACCGCCGACGCCGACGCCUCCUCCUCCUAGAAUCUAUGUUAUCAGUCCGCCAGAUACGUCGCCGGUUCCCGCGGGGCACCGGAAUUAUCCCUAUCCUUAUUACUAUUUCUACGCUUCCAAAGCUGCUGCGUUUGAUUCUCCCCUUCGAUUUGGAUUUGUUCUUCUUGUAUUGGUCGUGUUUCUUCACCUUCUGUAUUGAAUUCCAUGGAGUUUCAGUUUCGUAUGUAUUGAAAAUGUGAAAUCGUUGAUGAAGACGAACAAUUUUUCGUCAGGAUUUGUUUGAA